GUUCCUCCAAGCUAGCAUAGCUUACAUCUAAAAACCGUAUACUACCGUACUAUAUAGUAUGUCACAACAGAAUUAUUUAGUGUUGCAGUAUGCGGUUUUAGACGUAGCUUUAUCUGUGGUUCGGACUAGAAGCUUUCGUGGGACUUAAACCGGAAACCAAACUUUUUUUUUCCACCUCAAACUUGUUUCAUUGCUGAGUCGAAAAGAGGAAAAAAAGAAAAGCGAUGAGCAGAAGCAGCACAGCAGAGUAACGAUGCACAGUUCCUUCUUUUUCAUCUUCGCAUCAUGUCGGCUCUGAGAAAGUUGUCAGCAAAAAUAAGUGAAAUAUCUACAUUUGUCCUGAGAUAAAGUGGCCGUCGAGUGUUUUUUUCUCUCCUCUCCUUCACAUAACGGACACUUUAGGUGAUUUAUCAUGGGAGAUGAUGUUAAAGAUGAGCCAGCCAAGCCCAAGGAAACAACAUUCAAAGGCAAAGCUGGCUGGUUGAAGAAGUCCUCAGGGAAGUUCCUGAGCAGCUACAAGGACCGCUACAUCCAGCUGGACAAGACCGAGAUUGCAGUGUAUGAGAACGAGGACUUAAAGAACUGCUUGGAGCGUCUGGACUUGGAAAACUAUGACAAAUGCCACGAGUUACGCAGCCCAUUUAAGAAGAAAUACAGGCUGAUACUGAUACGAGCGCCUAAGACUGCAAGUAAGGUCUGUGAUGUCAAACUGCAGGCUCAAAGUCAGGAAGAGAAAGAACAUUGGAUCAAGGCAUUCAGCGAUGGCAUUAACAGGGCAAAGAACAAAAUCUUUGAUGAGGUAAAAGUAGAUGAAAGUAUAUCUUUAGAUCAUGUGACACGUUCUCGACCGAAAGGAGACCGUGGUAGAAGACCACCAACCAGGAUACACAUGAAGGAGACUGCAAACGUUUCAUCAGAUGGAAUCUUGAGACUGGAUCUCGACACCUUUGACAAUAUGCCUAAUGGUGCCCACUUAAUAAUGGAUAGUACUGAUGGAGAAACCAAAGUGGGUCCAGCCAAGUCUUUUGACAAUAUUCAGGAGGAACCUGAAGGUGUAGAUACAGCACCUCCCAAGAAAGUAUUGAAGCCUCCUAUGCCUCCUUCAAAGGACAACAAUUCCAACGAAAGCCAGGACAGUGAGAGCAAACAUGGGGAACCUGCCCCACAGAAGAAGAUCCUUACGCCACCAAUGCCACCAUCAAAAGAUCAGAAACCAUCUGAAAGUUCAAAAGAAGAGAAAGAAAAUGGGGAAGAGAAAGUUGUGAAGCCACCCAUGCCUCCCUCAAAGGAAAAUAAACCCAGAUUAAGUGCCAGUGAAGACACUGCCUCAGAAAAUGGUGAGUCUGAAGCAGCAACCACUCCUGACAAGUCCAGUCCAGUUCAAGGUGAGACAGAUGCUCCUGAAACCGUCCAUACUCCCAGUCCACCAUCCAAAGACAUGAAACCCAAACAGCCACUCAGCUUAAGCGACAAAGAAAUUCUUUCAGAAGAUGAAGGUUUUACCAGUAAGGAAAAUGAGGAAGAUGAGGCAGAUAUGGGUAAGACAGAAGAAAAACUGUGCAUACUCUCGAAUAAUGUCCCAAAGCCCCAAGGAGUGAUGUGGGAUUCACCUUCUUCAUCAAUGGAGAAAAGUUCUGUUGAUAAAAAUGCUAACAAAUCUGUUCAAAGUGUAGUAAAUACAAUAAUGAUUGAACCUGCAAAACCUGCCAGUGAACUCAAAUUAACUCCACAUUCAACUCCAGAGGCUGUUAAAAAGUGUGCUGCUCCCGCUGCUCCACCCAAAAAGAAAAUUCUUAAACCACCUCUCAAAAUGGUAGAUCAAGUUGUUCUAGACAACCCUGAGGUCUCAACUAAUUCAUUUCCUGUUACCGUGUCACCCUCAGUUGAAAAAGGCUCUGACAGCAUGCCAGAUGAAACACAACUCGCUACUCACGAACCAAAAGAAGAGCGUAAGAUUAUUAUUCUGAGUCUCAGUAAUUCAGGAACAAGUGAGGACCAGGAUGAUAAAUCUGGUGUGGAAGCAGAGGUAAAGUCUAUUGACAGUGGUCAGCUCUCUGCUGAAGACUCUGAAAGUAGUGAACAAGUUACUCCAUCUACAGAUAAGCUGCAGAGUAGUCUGGAAGUCUUAGAUGGUGUGACCAGUGAAGAGGAACUGGAGACACCAGACAGCAAGGUCCAGAAAAUGGAAGCUCCACUUUCAGCCAUCAUAAAUGUUAAGCUUGAAACCACUAUGGAUGACUCCAGCCCAGUUGCUGCAGAAAAUACAAGCACCCCUCACAUCUCCAGUCCUGCUACAUCACUGAACUCCUCCUUGAAGAAACGGUCUGCAUCCACAGGAGAUAUUCUUGAAGAAAUGGUGGGUUUGCAAAGUAGCGUGUCCAGGGAGCUUGAGGAGACUGGAGAGCUGCUGGGUAAAAUAGCACCCAGAGGGUCCCCUGAAGCCGGUCAAGACAGUGAAGGGAUAACAAACCCAGAGAUCCUUCUUGCAACAGCAAUGGAGAAACUUAAAAAAGCUGACCAGUUCUUGAAAGAUGCCAAGUGUUUUAAAGAGCAGGAGAACAAGAGCAAUAGAAUAAGCUGGUAAUUGAUAUUAUGAAGAUAUUGGGGUAAUAUUGUGUUAAUGGAAUCACAAACAUUACAAAUCAUCAAGUGCAAUUAUAUCCCCAUUACUUUUUAUACAGGACCACUGCAUAUUAAUUGAACCUUCUAAAACUGCUUCAUAAACAGGUACCAUGGAUUUAAAUAGGGAUCCAAUACUGAGUAUUGAUAUCAAAACAACAUUGCUCAGCAGUGCUGGAUAAAUGAAUCCCUGAAUUAAAUGAUUUAAACGUGAUUUAUGAGCCCAGUUGAUGUACUUGAUGAGAGUGAUAAUGGAAGUUUAUGAUUCUCAGUGGAUGUCAACAUGUAUUCUUCUGUUUGCAUUUGUAAUCUUUGACGUUUUCUGCGAUUGGUUAACAUGACACUUAGCCUAAUGUCAGUUCGACAGUAAAACCUUCCAGCACUGGUAUCCAACUAGCACUUAAAAUGAUCUUUAUGGUAAUUUACUCGAAUGGUUUUGCACUCAAAAUUCCAUGUUGUCUUAUAUGAGCUGUACUACAGUACAGCUUUUAUCCACUGUAGAGCAUCUUACCUUAGUGUUACAUACACUAGCAAAAAAGCAGGGCCUUGUGGUGAAGAAAAUAGUGUCAGGUUAGUCUGAUGCUAAAAAUAAUGCAGUGGCCUUUUAUGAGUUUUAUGAUAGAGUACUCUGGAACUGGUAACUUCCUGUCUGAUAUUUUGCUCUUAUAUAUUUCACAGUUUAUACAGAGUGCAUCACGCAAACAUUUAUUUUCAUACUGACAGUGGAAAUGCGGUGUGAAUUCCUCUGCUUUUUUUAACUGGGUAGAAUGCUAUGCUAACAGCUAUCUUUAAAUGGUUUUGUCAGGGCAUGUGUCUUUUUGGUUUGUUAAUAUUAGUGUUAUUCUGUCAAAAAUGCAGUGUAUGAUCCAGAAAUAGAGUUAACCCCCUGUGUUGUAUGAAAUUUUAGUUAUAAUUUUAAUACAUCAUUUUUAUUUUAAACAAAAUCAUUAGACAUGGGAAUAGAUUAUGUGGUACAGGUCUUAGACCUCCAUUGAUUGCUAUAGCCUACUCAUCAAAAUAUUACUGAAACAUGGUUCAAAGAACCUAAAGUAUUUCUCUGUGAACAUCCAAAUAACAUUUAUAGUUACAUUGUAUAGCACAAUAUUAGCUCAUUAUUUUUAUAAAGGCUUUUCUUUUGUAAAUAACAUGUCUACCAAUGAAUUGCUUAAUAUUUAAGUUAUUAAUAUUCUGGCAUACUGGUUCCUGUCCUAAAAAAACCUAAUAAAUUUACUCAGAGAUACCAAUUUACUAAACUGAUAAGUUAUGUUUACCAUUAAAACUAUAAGAAGAGUUAUGAUUAUAUAAUGUAAUAUAUUAUUUGUCAGUGACUGCAUUUACUAACUGGACUAAUAAGUUUUUUUGAUGUCUUUUGUUUCAUGUGCAAAAAAAAAAAGAAUUUAACACACUGCUUUGCUAAGCAUGUCUUAAUAAAAACGUCUUCCCUUUA